ACUCUUUCAAGUUCCCAACCCUACACACGCCCAUACAAAAAUUUGCUAUUUUGACGGGAAAAAACGUGUUGUGAACCGAUCAUGUGAUGGGAAAUUUUCAUCAUGUGACAAGCAUUGUAUGAUUAUUUUACAUCAAGCUGUAAACCGGCGGGUCACUUAAACUCUCGUCGUUUAUCGUCGGCUGCAUUCUAAGACUCGAAGCUCUCAAGUUAGGACUCUGAGAUAUAGUUCAGCAGUUUAUUCAGUAGUUACUAGUACACAAGCAGUUUUGCGCCCAAGAGCAUAAGGAAAAACAAUAUGUGGAAGUUAGCUGCGUUCUUGUCUCUUGUGUUUGGUAUUGCCUCUUGUCGUUCCCAAUUCGAUUUCGUCAAUGGACGUUUUGAAGAUUUGUCACAGCGCAUGGAAAAGUUUCAAGAUACUGCAGGCAAAAAAUGGGUUCUGCUCAUAGCAGGGUCAAGAUUUUAUUAUAAUUACAGACACCAGGCAGACGUCUGUCAUGCAUAUCAGAUUGUUCACAAACAUGGAAUUCCAGAUGAACAGAUUGUAGUUAUGAUGUAUGACGAUAUCGCAAAUUCUUUAGAAAAUCCCAACAAAGGUGAAAUCAUCAAUCAUCCAGAUGGACCAAAUGUCUAUGAAGGUGUUCCCAAGGAUUAUACUGGCGAUGAUGUUACACCUGAAAAUUUCAUUAGUGUAUUGACUGGGAAGAAAAACAUGAUGAAAGGGAUUGGAAGUGGAAAAGUAAUUGAUAGUGGUCCCAAUGAUCAUGUUUUUGUAUUUUUCUCUGAUCAUGGUGCACCUGGACUAAUCGCUUUUCCAAGUGACAGACUCUACAAGGCAGAUUUGGCAAAUGCAAUCACCUACAUGCACACAAACAAGAGGUAUCAACAGCUUGUGUUUUACAUCGAGGCAUGUGAGAGUGGUUCCAUGUUUUAUAACAAUUUAGCGGACAACAUCAAUGUUUAUGCAACGACUGCUGCAAAUCGUUCACAAUCUUCAUUUGCUUGUUAUUUUGAUGAUAAACGACAAACCUAUCUCGGUGAUCGUUAUUCUGUAUCUUGGUUGGAAGACUCUGACCAGGAAAACCUAGCAGUGGAAAGUUUACAUAAACAAUAUGAAAUCACCAAAGCAGCCACCAAUCAGAGCAUGGUAAUGCAAUUCGGAGAUGUGGGUCUUAGUAAAGAACCAGUUUCCUUCUUUCAAGGUGCAAAGUCAACUGAACCCACUAAACCUCUUCGUCAGAUUUAUGACGAUGUACCUGCUCCUGAUGUAAAAAUUCACAUAUUAAACAAGAAAAUUGAAUCUGCGACAUCUGUUGAGGAAGAGAACAAACUGAGAGGAGAACUCAAUGAAGAAUAUGAGAUGCGCAAUACUGUUGGCAAAGUAUUCAAGAAUAUUGCACUGAAGGCAACUAAUGGAAGAAACAGCCUUGCUGGUUUGGUACUCUAUGCAACUCCAACCCUGGACAACAUGUCUUGUUACAAAGAUGCGGUUGAAUGGUUCGACAGAGUAUGCUUUGAUUUGGACAGUGGCAACUAUGACUUUGCUUACCGCAAGCUUUACGUUCUUGGGAAUUUGUGUGAUGCUGGAAUCCCCACUCAACAAAUAUUGAAAACCAUCAGCUCUUUAUGCAAGUGAUUAUUUUCAAAUACUGAGAUACGACUGACGGAAAUUCAUUUGAAGAUAUUUACUUCUUUCUUUUCAUUUAUUGAUUUGUCAUGCCUUGUUAUUUUUUCAGUAUUACUUACAUUUAUGUCACCAUUCUGCCGAUUUCUGUGAUUUAUUUUCAUCUGUCACAUUGUUUGUUAGCCAGUCAGAAAUUGCUCUUGGUAAAUAUAACCCAGCGAUAUUUGUGAUUAAGUGAGGAUAGUGAAUUUUACCUCAAACUUUAAAAACAAAUGCUAUUUCCUUUGUAUUGAUUAAACUAUGUUUUUGAGUAGUGUUAAUGUUAUCAUUAUACACACAAUUACUACAACAAUAUAUUUAAAAAACACAAAUAAUAGUACAGUACACUGUUUUAAUGAUGAUAGUACUUUUUCAAGUGUCGUACUUGCUACAAGUGAACAAAUUUUUACUAGUCUUUAUAAUGCCAGCCGAUAUUUAUGAAAAAGCAGCACAUGUGUUCAUCUUCUAAAACGCUAGCCAAGAUUUUUUUUUGCAAUUGAUAGAGCUAACAUUUGCUCUUUUCAGACACUUGAUUCUGUUGGUAACUUUCUGUGAUUCUGCAAUAUGCAUACUAACCAUUGUAUCAAAUGAGUUUAAAGCCUCCAAACUUAAAACUUUUUUGAUAUUAGAAAAUAUAUUCCAUUGAAGCAGUUCUCAUAUUUUUGUUGUCUGACAUUGUGUUUUGUUUCACAAUCACAUGCAAUACUUUUCAUCUCUUUGUAAAUUUCCCUACAGCAAAUUCGUUCAUGUUGAAAUAUAAAAAUGACCUCGUAUUCUUUCGUCCUUCAAAAUGAA